UCCAGUCCGCACCCCGCGUCCCGCCGCCGCGACGCUAAAACCCUAAACCCCCACGCACGAGCGAGCGCGAGAUAAAAUCGAACAUGGCGCCGCCUCUCCCAAACCUCUGCCAGCCCCCACCCACCACCACCACCCAUGGCGCGGCAUCCUAGGCCCCCCUCCCCCUCCUCCUCCGCACCGCCGCCGCCCGCGCCCGCGCCAGCCGACUUCGACCCCGUCGAGGCGUGGCUCCUCGACGACUUCGACUUCGACUUCGACCAGGCCAUGGCGACCGAGCUGGCCAAGACCUUCAAUCUCGGCGACGAGGCGGUUCCGGGCGCGAUGGAGCCGAUGGGCCCCAUCGGCGCUGUUGUCCCUGUCCCGGAGGAUGACGGCGGAUUGGGUGUGGAACCCGUGAAGGAGUUGGAGGCCACAGCGGAGAAGGACGGGAUGCUCGGCCUGUCCGAUGCCCCCCUGGGCGUCGAAUUGGAGGUCAAGAAGGAGGCUCUGAUGCUGAGCGGUGGAUUGGGGAAUAGCGAUUCGAUAGCAAAAGGGGAUACUUUCGAGGGAGCAAUUGAUGCCCAGAUGGGUACCUUAGCCCCCGUUGAUUCUGAGAUGGGUACCGUAGCUCCUGUUGAUGCGGAGAUGAACGCCGCAGCUGCUGCUCAUGCUGAUACCAGUACCGUAGCUGCUGUUGAUGCAGAGAUGAGUGCAGUAGUUCCUGCUCAUGCUGAUACUAGUACCGUAGCCCAUGUCGAUGCUGAUACUAGUACCAUACCCGCGGUUGAUGCGGAGAUGAGUUCGGGGGUCUCGCUGAACGAGGAAGUGGGUCCUGUAGGAGGCAAGGGUGAGGUGGACAGCAAUCACAAAGUGCUGGAGAUUAGCGACGACGAGGAGUCUAGCGAAGCCUCGUCCAGCAGUGACGAGGAGUCUAGCGAAGCCUCGUCGAGCAGUGAUGAGGAAGAGCCGGUGGCCAAGAAACAGGGUGGAGUUAUUGACCUUGAGGCCAUCCUGGAAGAGGGUGAGUUGAUGGCUGAAGUCGACGAUGAUGACGAGGAUGAGACACCAAGGGGUCCUGCCAAGUCCAAACAUGAAGUAGAGGUACUUCCUCCGGUUCCAAAGAUUGAAGUGCAGCUGGAACCACAUCAUAAGCCACUCCCAGUGGGAGCUAUUUCAGCUAUCAUGGGCGAGAGAGUGGUUGUUGAAGGGUCAGUGGAACACAGUCCCCUGACUGAGGGUUCUAUACUCUGGAUAACUGAAAGCAGGACACCACUUGGCAUUGUCGAUGAUAUAUUUGGACCUGUAAAGAACCCAUACUAUCUUGUGCGGUACAACUCCGUGGAAGAAGUACCUGGUGGUAUCAGUGCAGGAACGACCAUCUCUUUUGUUGCGGAGUUUGCAGAUCAUAUCCUAAAUAUGAAGGAGUUAUAUGCCAAAGGCUACGAUGAAUCUGCAGAUCAUGACGAGGAGGCAGAUGAACCUGAAUUCUCUGAUGACGAGGCGGAAGCUGAGUACAAAAGAUCACUACGGUUAGCAAAAAGGCAGACUGAUAGGCAGGUUGACUCUAAAAAACCUUCUGGCGAUAAGAAGAGGGGGCAGGCCAGAAAUGCUGGAUUCCGGAAUGACAUGCCACCUAGGAUCCACGAUACACCGACACGUGGUCACCAAUCACAGCGUCGUUUCGAGCGCUCAAAUAUGGCUCCUGCUGUUGCUGACAGCCCAACUCAUCGAUCAGGUUCUCAAAACUUCUCUAUGGGUACACCAUCAAGGGACAUGCCACCAAGGAUCCAUGAUGCACCCACACCAGAUCACCGAUCACAGUAUCAUUUUCAUCGGUCAGAUAUGGCUCCUACUGGGGCUGAUAGCAUGACACGUCCACCAGGUCCUCAAAACUUCCCUAUGAGUGCACCAACAAUGUUGCCACCGAUCUCAAUGAAUCAUUCUAUGCCAUCAGCUGUUCAACUUGCCAAUCAGAUGGGUAGUUGCUUCAUCAAUCCAUCACAACAGUUCUCUCAUCAGCAGCCAAACAUGGUUUGGCCUGGCGGUCUUCCGCAUCCACCGCAGCCAAACAUGAGAGUUGACGGAGCUGCUCUUGCAGCCAAUAUUAUGCAAAAUAUACUUAUUGGAGCCAGCCAAUACCAGCAGUAUUUACAGAAUCAGAAUUUUGGUGGCUUCCCAAAUGGAAUGCCCAUGGCCCCACCACAAUUUAUGCCAGGUAAUGGAAUGCCUGGAAACCCGAUGCCUUUUGGUGGACAGCCAGGAAAUCAUCCAUUUGGUCUGGCAUCUCAAUUGCCUAUGGGGCAAGGUAACUGUGGCCAGCUACCACACAUGACAGGCGACCAAGGGCCGCCUGCUGGAUUUCCCAACGCCCAGGGGUUUGGGUGCUUCCCAUCACCGCAUGUUGAUGGUGGAGACCAGCCUCCUGGAUUUAACAUGCAAGGAUAUGGGCGCAUGCCAUCACCACAUGGAGAUGGAGGGCAGCCGCCUAUGCAAUUCAAUUCCCUUCCAUCACCGCAGGGUGAUGGAGCCAAUGGAGUUCAGCCUCCUAUGCAAUUCAAUUCUGGGCAGUUUAACCAAGGGAGCUCAUCCUUCCGCGGAAGAAGGCCACAGCAGCGUGGGGGCCGACACUCACCUGGGAGAGGUGGUGGUGCUGGUGGUGGCAGGAAUCGUAGGUAGUUAAUGGUGAUACUUUUACGCCGGGUGUAAUUUUGACUCAUGUUGAAUGAACUUCAUUUAUUUCAAGUAUGCUGCUUUUUCCCAAAAGAGAUGUGUAACCGGUUUGCUGUAAUAUGCAAGUUGUUUUCCGUUGUGGUGCC